CAACUAUUCAUUAUUAUGCACCCUUCAAAUCCUAUCCUCUCCACACGACACGUGUCCCACUGUAACAGGUAUUAUUCUCAUCAUCUCAUAUUCCUCCAUUUAUAUCACUCCCCACUUCUGACCGUCUCUCCCCAAUCCUCCCCAAACCCUCAAAAAACUCCUAAAUUUUCUUCAACGGCGACAAUGGCUACAACCCUCACUUCUUCUCUCUCCUCCAAGCCCAAGACCAAGACCUCUUUCUUGGACCACUCCUCCUUCCAUGGCGUCCCGAUUUCUUCCCCAUCUCGCCUCCUCCAACCUAUCAAAUCAGGCACACAGAACCUCUCGAUCUCCAUGUCCGCCUCAUACGAUCUCAACUCCUUCAAGUUUGAGCCAAUCAAGGAAUCGAUCGUUUCUCGGGAAAUGACCCGGAGGUAUAUGAUGGAUAUGAUCACCUACGCCGACACCGAUGUUGUCAUCGUCGGCGCUGGGUCUGCUGGCCUUUCCUGCGCUUACGAGCUCAGCAAGAAUCCAUCAGUUCAGGUUGCAAUCAUUGAGCAAUCUGUCAGCCCCGGCGGUGGUGCGUGGCUCGGCGGACAACUCUUCUCAUCUAUGGUGGUUAGGAAGCCAGCACAUCUCUUCCUCAAUGAGCUCGAGAUCGAGUAUGAUGAACAGGAUGACUAUGUCGUGAUCAAACAUGCAGCCCUGUUCACCUCAACCAUCAUGAGCAAGUUGUUGGCCAGGCCAAAUGUGAAACUCUUCAAUGCCGUUGCAGUGGAGGACUUGAUCGUGAAGGGAGGGAGAGUUGGCGGUGUUGUGACCAACUGGGCUUUGGUGUCCAUGAACCAUGACACACAGUCGUGUAUGGACCCCAAUGUGAUGGAGGCUAAGGUGGUUGUGAGCUCUUGUGGACAUGAUGGGCCAUUUGGAGCCACCGGUGUUAAGAGGCUGAAGAGUAUUGGGAUGAUUGAUAGCGUGCCAGGGAUGAAGGCACUUGACAUGAAUGCUGCUGAGGAUGCAAUCGUGAGGCUCACGAGGGAGAUUGUGCCAGGGAUGAUUGUUACUGGCAUGGAAGUUGCAGAAAUUGAUGGAUCCCCAAGAAUGGGACCAACAUUUGGAGCAAUGAUGAUAUCAGGACAGAAGGCAGCUCACCUAGCAUUGCAGUCACUGGGACUGCCGAAUGCACUCGACGGAACAUACACCGGAAACAUUCACCCCGAGCUGAUCCUAGCCGCUGCAGACACCACUGAAACUGCAGAUGCUUAAGGCUUAGCAACAUGCUGUUGAAUAAAGAAAAGGGUCACCAAGAACGUAGUUAUGGGGAUGAAAUGGUGGAAUGGAUGAGCUUAUUCAAAUGGGUUUUAGAUGUGAUUAGGCCAAGUUUUGUGAAUGUUGUGUCUCUCUCUUCCCUUUUGCUUUUUUUCUUUGUUUUGGAAGUUGGAUUUGGGGAAUGGCUUCACUUGGUUCCUUUUGUUUUUGUGCUCCUCUGCCUAUGCUAUCUUUUUCAUCUCCAUGUUUUUGCUCUUUUCUUGCCCGAGUGUUUUGAUCUCCCCAGAGUGUUUUGAUCUCUUCUCAGGUAGAUUGUGACAAGCUGUGCUCAUCUAAGAGAAGAUGGUUCAAAUGUUGUCCUUGAAAAAAGAUCAAUAAAAGUGGCAAAAAUUUGAAAUA